AUGCUGUCCGGAUCGUUCGCGUGUGGUGAAAUGUCCACGUUAAUGGCUGAUGUAUUUAAUGUACUACAGGACAGUGUCUGCCAUAAGCCAAGGACACCAGAAAUCCUUUCAUUACUACAGUGCAUGAACAACCGAGAAUUGCAGGUGACAAUUUUUGGAGAAAUCCAGAGAUUGAGUGGCAUUGCUACGGCCUAUCAUGAAAUCGGAAUUCCCAUAGAAAAACAAAAAUCGAGCUUAUGUCGAUGGCAGUUCUCCUCCUUUAAUGGAUUGAUGCAGCAUACACGGUCCAUCUGUGACGGUAACGUCUACGAGACGAUCUGUGAUAUUCGUUCACGACUAGAUCCUUACAUGGACGCCAUGCUAGCAGCAACAACCAAUGACGUUGAAUGUCCGAAAGAGACAUUCAGGUGUGCAGCGUAG